UUCCGGCGGGGCUGCGACCACAGAGGGGCGCGGGCGGGCGGCGCUGGGGGUGGCGGGAUAGGCUGGGCGCGGCCGGCGCUGCGGACCCGCUGCUGCUGUCCAGGUCUGUGCGGUCCCCAGGGCCCUCCGUCUUGCGGGCGCCAUGGGCAAUUGCCACACGGUGGGGCCCAACGAGGCACUGGUGGUUUCAGGGGGCUGUUGUGGUUCCGACUAUAAACAGUACGUGUUUGGCGGCUGGGCCUGGGCCUGGUGGUGCAUCUCCGACACUCAGAGGAUUUCCCUAGAGAUUAUGACGUUGCAGCCCCGCUGCGAGGACGUAGAGACGGCCGAGGGGGUAGCUUUAACUGUGACGGGUGUCGCCCAGGUGAAGAUCAUGACGGAGAAGGAGCUCCUGGCUGUGGCCUGUGAGCAGUUCCUGGGCAAGAACGUGCAGGACAUCAAGAAUGUCGUCCUGCAGACCCUGGAGGGACAUCUGCGCUCCAUCCUCGGGACCCUGACUGUGGAGCAGAUUUAUCAGGACCGGGACCAGUUUGCCAAGCUGGUGCGGGAGGUGGCAGCCCCUGACGUUGGCCGCAUGGGCAUUGAGAUCCUCAGCUUCACCAUCAAGGAUGUCUAUGACAAAGUAGACUAUCUGAGCUCCCUGGGCAAGACGCAGACUGCCGUGGUACAGAGAGAUGCUGACAUUGGCGUGGCCGAGGCAGAGCGGGACGCAGGCAUCCGGGAAGCCGAGUGCAAGAAGGAGAUGCUGGACGUGAAGUUCAUGGCAGACACCAAGAUCGCCGACUCCAAGCGAGCCUUCGAGCUGCAGAAGUCAGCCUUCAGUGAGGAAGUCAACAUCAAGACAGCAGAGGCCCAGUUGGCCUACGAGCUGCAGGGGGCCCGUGAGCAGCAAAAGAUCCGGCAGGAAGAGAUCGAGAUUGAAGUUGUACAACGCAAGAAGCAGAUUGCAGUGGAGGCGCAGGAGAUCUUGCGCACAGACAAGGAGCUCAUCGCCACGGUGCGCCGCCCUGCCGAGGCCGAGGCCCACCGCAUACAGCAGAUCGCCGAGGGUGAAAAGGUGAAGCAGGUCCUCUUGGCACAGGCAGAGGCUGAAAAGAUCCGCAAAAUCGGGGAGGCAGAGGCCGCGGUCAUCGAGGCGAUGGGCAAGGCAGAGGCUGAGCGGAUGAAGCUCAAGGCUGAAGCCUACCAGAAGUAUGGGGAUGCAGCCAAGAUGGCCUUGGUGCUGGAGGCCCUGCCCCAGAUUGCUGCCAAAAUCGCUGCCCCACUGACCAAAGUCGAUGAGAUCGUGGUCCUCAGUGGGGACAACAGCAAGGUCACAUCAGAAGUGAACCGGCUGCUGGCCGAGCUGCCUGCCUCCGUGCACGCCCUCACAGGUGUGGACCUGUCUAAGAUACCACUGAUCAAGAAGGCUACCAGUGCACAGGUGUGAGGUUCCAGCAGCCCACACCCUUCAGCAGCCGCCUGCCCCUCCCUCCAGCAUCCAUUUUAAUACCACGGGGACAGUGGGAGCGUUACUGACUCUGGUGCCUUAUUUUGUAGGGACCAGAAGUGCUGCGUGUUCAGGCCAUCUCUGGCUGUCUUCCCUUCUCUCCUGUCUCUGUCCAUCUCUUCCUCUUCCUCUCCUCUCCCCCACACCCCCACUUUCACUGCCACGUUCAUCUGGUUUGUCUCUCAUCUCCCUGUGUGUCUCUUCCUUUGUCGGUCUUUCUCUCUCCUCUCCUCCCACCCACUACGCACAUCAUGUAGUCUGAGCUGAAGAUGUUUAUUAUAAUCACUGUCUGUCUGUGGAGGGUGGCCCUGCUGCUCCUCCAAAUCCUGGUGCCUUGAAGUUCUCUGUGCAUCUGUCCGUCCUCCCCAUGACCCUGGCCAGAGCUCAGCAUGGGUGCGGGGGUUCUGGGUAGGACGGCCACUCUCCCCUCUCCUGGCCUGGUCUUUGCAGCCCUAAACCCUGCCCCAGGAAGCCCAUGGCCUCACCUGCUCCUGCCCCUCUAGGCCUGGGCAGCCAUGGCCUGCAGGGCCCAGGGCUGUCACCCUUCCCCUCAUCCCUUCCCAGGCCCAGGCUGGCACUCAUACUCUAUCCUCUCUCCCCACCCCAGGGGCACAGAGGCAAGGCCUCUUGUCUCUAGCAGUUUCCUCAGUUUACUACUGCCUUAGGAGGCCCCUGCUUGUGCUCAGGGAAGUCCUCUUCAUGGGCAUGUCCCUGCUGGGGUGGUGGGGCUUGGUCCCAACUCUGCUAUGCCUUUCUGGGAUCAGGGUCUAGCCCUGCUGGGGACAAGAAAGCAUGUAGACCCUCUUCCUGCCUGAAGGUUUUGGGCCCUUCCAGUGGGCAAGGAUGUGCCAACCCUGUGCAGAACUGAGUGCCGUAGACUGGCCAGACCCCAUAGCCCUUGUACCAUCUUUCUUCCUGGCCAGACUGAUAGGGCUCCAGCCAUGGGAAAGCAGCCCAGUCCUCUGUCUCCUUGCUCCAAUGGAGGCGGGAGAACCCAGAGCCCAAACAUCCUGGCAGGGGUGCUGCGGGCGUCCUACCGUCCCAGUUCCCCACCCCUGGCCCUGCCCCAGCCUGUGUAGCUGUUCCUGCAUGUGGAUGCUGCAUGUCUGGUCUGGGGCUUGGAUGUUGCACUGCCCCACUGCCUGUCCCUUCUGAUAAAAUAAAGAUCUCUAGUGCCCA